AUGGCAGCCCCUCUACUUGACAUGGCGCAACGCGCUUGUAUCAGACAUGUUAUGGAUCUGCAAGAUGUCGGUGAAUUAAGCUACAAAGUCAUCCGCCCUGUUCUCAAGAGCGUCACAAACCCAGCACAACUCCGCCAAAUCGAAGAAGCUUCUCCUCACAUCGCCGAAGAUGAUGCCGAACUCUGGGAAGCCUUUAUCAGGAGAGACAUAUCAAAAGCCGAAAGCAGAUUAAAAACCACACGACCAAGAAAUCCCUCCUCCUGGUGGAAGGUAUAUCGCAAACUAAAGAGAGAGGACGAGACCGAAACAAAAGCAGCAGAAGAAAAACUCAAGGCUGCUUUGAACAGACACAAGGUCGACAAGGGGUCCAAGCAGACCAACAUCGUACGUGCCGUCAUCCCUUCGGGAGAGAAGCGAACAGGAUGGAGUGCCGGUCCGAAAGAAAAGCCUUUCGGCGCUCAAGCUUUGAAGAAUGCAAAAACGGCAGCGGAUACCAUCACCAUCCUCAAACGACAGACAGCACAGAGACAAGCAGGUCGCAGCGUCGCUCAGUCCACCCCGAUGCAUCAACUCCAGCAGAUGAGAGGCAAGGUCGCCCAGGCGCCCGCUCAUAUGAUUCGACAAUACGCUCAGAAGCCUGGACCAUCAAGGCCGGCCCCUAUAGCGCCACAGCCUCAAGCCUACAGACCCGUCUUUGCUUCGAAACCACAAACACAAGCCGAUCGGGCCCUAGUAACGGCACUCAACCAGAACAAGCAAGAGCAAGAAGCAAGAGAGAGGAGAUUACUGGCCCUGACGAGUGGACCCUCGACGAACAAGCCCAGACCUACGGCAGCGGCAGCACCGGCACGUCCACCUCCAGCAACAACACCCGCGGCAAUCGCAGCACCAAGAAGAUCAUCACCCAUACCAGUGCGGAAACCAUCGCCAGUCCACCAUACAUCUGGUUCCAAUCUGGUGAGGAAGAGACCAGCCUACGAUCCGUUCUUGCCGGCCAAGAAAAGAAGACCUUGA